UGCUAAUAGUACAAAAACGUACAGCCUGGUGCCGUGAGAAGAUAUAGGGAAAGAUUAUUCUAUUCCACAUGGAAGAUUGUGGAGCUCUAUUUGCGUAGUUUAGCUCCUACGUCUGAUGAGUGUUUUUUGAAACACGAAACUCGGAGUUUCGAGAACGAUUUUUGGUCUCUGUUACUCUGCCCCGUGUGGUAAGCUCUGCCCUUUUUGAGGUAUUUGCAGCAAAGACUCCAGACACUUUGUAGUUUAGCUCGUAUAUGAAGAUCUUUUUAUUGCAAAACUGAUGGCGAUCAACAAGGCGAGCGUAUUUCUGGAAGUGCUGCGUCGGUCAGAAAUCAACAUGGUCGAUUUCCACAGCAUUCGAGACCCAGGGCAGGACAAGGACAAGUGGGUCACAGAGGAGCUGCGCCUAGGCAGGGCUUGGGCCAGGAUCAGCCGAUACAAGUCAGGGAGUUUCAACCAGAUUCCGACCUGAACUGGGCGAAGGCACGACAGACUCCACAUGUAGAAACUGGAACGACGAAAGUUCCUAUCCAAGAAUCACAGCAUCGGACAGAGACGCUGGACAAAACAGACGAUCAAAAAGAAAGCGAGUUGACAAGACCAAAUCGGCGAAGGGUGGCUGCCAAGGCGGAUUUGAAAGCCAAAAUAUCAGCUGUGAGGAAACGGCUAACGGUCGGUGCGGAGCAGGAGCUGUGUCGAGAGGUGUUGGAUUACUUCGGUCCCGGCAUGGAGCCACUGCACGCACUUCUUCUCGGCUUGGAUUCGUCAGGCAAAACAGCACUCGUGGAGCUGAUGGAGAAGGCCAUUACACAUCGCUUCAUGUCACGCAGCACACUAGCUGGAUGUACAACUCGUCACGUGACCCAUCAUCGCAUCAAUCCCUACCUGAAGGUGAUAGAUACGCCGUCCGUUGCACUCCAGGAUCCAUACGAAGCGAACAACGUCCUCCUGAACAUGUUCCAUCGGCACAUUCAGGAUGGUGAAGAGGUUUCGCAGGAGCACAAAAGCCAUGUCCCUCAGCAGAAACCCAUCGACUACGACACUGUACUGGACGGCUGUCAGGUUGUGGCCUUUGUGAUCAGCGGCGAAGACCUAUUAGACCCACGUCAGAAACCGAAGAUGAGGGAGCUAUGUCUGAGGUUCUGCUCAUACUUACGAACCCUGUACAACCCAAAAGUGCUCCCAGAAGAAGCUAGUGAUGCUGGCUUUUCGACGAAGAGAGUGUGGAUUCUCACGCACACAUCUCGUGCUGUAGCGAACGGCUACAGUGAACAAGAUCUAAAGCAACUUACACGGAGUCUUAUUGAUGGCAGCAGUGAGUCGACAGAUCCUGUCUUUCUCAUUGAUUGCUGCGAGCCAGUAGUUCCGAACUGGAAGACGCCAGAGGAACUUAGACUUAGCCCUGCCGAUGUCGUUCUCCGUGAUGUCACUGGCCAUGGAGGCUGCACGCCGCUGCUUCGAAACCAAGGUGCUGAAUGGACAGCGCUUUCGAUCCUGGACGAGAUCUACACGCUCUGCCAGGAAGCUGUGAGAGAACGGCUACGCAGAGUGCAGGGAACAAGAGGCCGCGGACUAAGCCCCCGUGAUGAGAACGUGGGAGAGGAAUCUAUCACAGUCCGCACCUUCAUUCUCCAACUGUACUCUGGACAAGAAGCCCAUCUGAAGCAGGAGCUUCACGUCAUCGUCAAGUACUUCACUGACAGAGGGCUGUUCAAUUUGGCGGCUCUCCGUGCCUCCAGAGGCACCAGGCCAUUCUGGGAAGUGGUAGAAAGUCGCAAGACAGUUCCGAGGACGGUUCGUGACGGCAUCAUGGCCUGGGUGAAUGGGGAAAUGACGCUGAGUGAAACGCACUCAUUCUUUCAACGUGCAGCUGUCCACUGAACUGUGUUUUUACAACUGUGCUUCAAGUUUUGGCCCAACAAAGCCUUCUUUUAUCCCUCAGAGUUGCUAGAUACAAGAAUAUUAUUAAUCAUAUUGUCUUCUCUAUCCAGUGUCAUUGUCAGCCAUUCGAAUUUAUGCCAUCUCCUUCUAGGUCACAAUGAGAGUAGAUGUGAAUCUUAUUUGACCCUAUACAAGUCUCUCUCAAUUAAUUCAUAUACAUGUAGUUUGAUUCUUCCACGCGUACGUGUACAUGUAGGUGGCAGGGAAGAUAAACAUGCAUUGCAUAUUUACAUGCAUAUGCAUGUAUAUCUGUCAGGGGUGUCUUUCCUUGUAGAACCUUACUUCUUGAUGAGUCAAAGGAAAGAGGUCCUGCAAAUCCUGGAAUGUGUUGCGCACUAGCUAUGGCUCUAGCAUAUUAUGUACCUCAAGCCCUACUUGUCAUGGUGCCAGAGAGCUUUAUAUAACAUGUUUUUUCGAGAACCUAUAUGCAUAUUUCUUCUCCUCUUCUCCGAAAUGUUUGUCUCUGUUUUGUCAUGACUCUGACUCUGUUCUUUGUUGGCAUGCAUACAUUUUUUACUUUUAAGGUACACGUUCAAGCUUA